UACAAAUACAAGUCUCGCACCAAUUCAGUCAUCUAUCUUCUCCUUUGUCAGUGAGAUAACUGUAUCAAGUUGCUCAUUUAGAUAACCAGAAAUGGCGAAGAGCAGUAUUUCAUCUAAUAUUUCUUUUCUUGUUAUGAUAAUGAUAAUACCAUCAAUGGUUGUUGACGCAAGGCAUUUGUUGGCUAGCACUGGUUGUUUGUUCGGGGGUACCAGUCCUGGUGGCUUAUUUGGGACCGGAAACACGGGGGGAACAAACUUGCUCGGAGAUAGCAACACAGGCGGCACAAAUGUGCUUGGGGAUGGCAACACAGGUGGCACAAAUGUGCUUGGGAAUGGCAACACAGGUGGUGUAAAUGUGUUGGGGAACGGCAACACAGGUGGUAUAAAUGUGGCCGGAGAUAAGAACACAGGUGGCAUAAAUGUGCUUGGAGACAGCAACACUGGCGGCAUAAAUGUGGUGGGUAACAGCAACACAGGUGGUGUAAAUCUGCUUGGUGAUAACAACACCGGUGGAAUAAAUGUGGUAGGAAGCACCAACACAGGUGGUGUAAAUCUGCUCGGAGACAACAACACAGGUGGCGUAAAUCUGCUCGGAGACGGCAACACAGGUGGCAUAAAUGUUCCUAAGGUAUAAAUGUGCUCCGAUGCGGGUGGCAUGUGUGCCGUUACCGUGGAUCAGGAAGGAAGAGCCAAGGAGGAAAUAAGAAAGAAACGGCUCCCAAGAGAGCACAAUUCAAUAGUUCGCUUAAGUUCUUUAUAUUAUCGUUCUUCUCUUUUUCUAUAUCAAUUAGUUUUCAUACUAGGUAGGUAUCAAAUAAAUUUGUGGUUUUUAAGAGUUAAAAUGUUUGUUAAGCAGUAUCCUGAUAAUUAAAAGGCUCCGUGAGUGUUUUCUGCUUGAA